GUCCACCCCUUGUUUUCUUAUAGGCCCGGUAGUGUAGUCAGUAGUGGUCAGUCAGCUGGGCAGUGUGUGCUCAGUGCCUGAGUGAUGUAUAAUGAAUGAUUAGUGGAUUAGGUGCUGAUCUGGACCUAAAUCGCCCAGUUUGGCCUCCUGCCAUCAAAACAGACCAGCACUAAUGAGAGCAAAGAACUUUCCCAAGAGAUCUAUCUGGAAGAACCAAGAAACACAUUCACUUAAUCCUAAAUCGAGUUACAACAACACACAACUGCUUCCCACUCGCCUAGCCAAAAACCCCAGUCAGGCUGACUUUUGUUUGAUUUAAGGAGGUAGACAAUGUUUCUGGCUGAAACUUUAUUUUUCUUCACUUUGUCCUGCAGGACUGAGAACUGAAGAGUGAAACCGACAUCAUGAUGAACAUCUUCCAACGUCAUUGCCUUUCCCCUUUCCAACUCCUCCCACCCACUCGUCACCACGGAGAAAACCUUCACGACCCUCUUACCCAUGAUCCCUGACCCCAGGGAACACUGUCACCUUGACGACAGCUCCCUCCGGAUCCCUCUAGCUGUCCUUUACUCAGUCCUCUUCGUCUUGGGCCUGACCGGCAACAUCCUGGCUCUCUGGGUCUUUCUAUAUGUCCACUCCAAAAAUAACUCUGUCAGAGUGUUCCUCAUCAACGUAGCUUUAGCCGACCUGCUACUGGUCAUCUGUCUUCCAUUCAGAGUGCUCUACCACAGUAAAGCAAACCGUUGGGACCUGGGCCCCACCCUCUGUAAGGUAGUGGGGAACCUCUUCUAUAUGAACAUGUACAUCAGUAUCACCUUAUUAGGGUUGAUCAGUGUGGAUCGCUAUCUGAAGAUCCAGCGUCACGCCGGGGGCCAGUACCGCCUCAAGGCCACCAGAUGGAGCUCUGCCAUCUGUGGGACGAUCUGGGCCCUGGCCCUUGCCUCCGUCAUAUCCAUGAUUCUCCUCUCAGAGGGCAACGAGGAGUCUGAUCAAGUGGGUUUAAUUUUUCAUCGUGCGAAGGGGAAGGCCUACUUCAACCUCUUCCUGGUUGCCACGUUCUGGCUGGUGUUCGUCUGCCUUGUGGUGUCUUAUGGGAAAAUCGGCCUCAAGCUGCUGAGGUUGUCGAGAGAGAAACCGGACUUCCCCAACGCACCCCGCUACACCCGCACCGCCAGGAAGACGUUCUUCGUCCUCUUCCUGUUUACUGUCUGCUUCGUCCCUUAUCACAUGGCUUAUCACAAAGCCAAUGAAGUGGUGUUGCUACUCUCCGCCCUCAACAGUUACUUGGACCCUGUGAUGUACUUCCUGUUAUCGGCAUCUGUGAGGAAAGAGACCCUCCGAUUGAUCAAUAACGUGUGCCAACUGAGAGACCCGGAGUCCAGUGUGGAUAGAGGGAGGAGCCUCGGGGAGCAGCCAACUAUUAGUUUCAUCAGUAAUCCGAGGAGUAAAAUAACUGUCCAGCCCUGCCUUUAAGUGACAGAAUUGUUUUUAGAGAUUAAAAGGUUGGGAAACUAUAUUAACAUAAAUGUUCAUACUAUUUUUGUAUAGUAAAUACUGCAACAUUGGUCCACAGUGAAAACCAAAGCAUCGAUUUGUCAUAAAUACUUAAUUUUUUUUUUUAAAUGUGAUUUUUUUUACAGUAAAUGCAUUUACAAUAAAGAAAGACUUGUUACAUCAGAGAAUGAGAAUAGUUGACUACAACAAGUAGUACAACAAGUCAUAUACAGUCAAUGAACUAAGUAGACCAGACAAAGCUACUAUUGCAUUGGUGCCUAUGGGAAAGCCAACCCUUAAGAAGAACGGAACUGGGACCAUUUUUUCCAAUGUUUUUUAGUCAUCUUUAUAAUCCACCAUCUUUGGGAGCACCACACCAAGUUGGUGGCAGACGGAUUGAUUAAAGAGAAAACAAUACCUUAAAAUGAUAUGUCAUUCUUGUGCAAUUUAUAUAUAUAGUCUACAUGAAGGUUUUUCUUUCAUUUUUUUAAGCCAUUAUCAACUAGAUUCAGCCACGGGAAUAUUUUUAUUUUUUUCUUGACAGGAGGGUCGGUGGGCCGGAACAUAUUUAACAAUCAUUUGUAGACUGCAAAUUGAAUGCUUGGGAAUACUUGGGAAAAUAUUUCCAAAAUUAAAAUCAA